UCAGUCUUUGUUUUUGUGUUGGUUUAACUACACGCGUCGUUUUUUAGUGCGUUCUUUUUACUUGGUAUUAUGCCGAAACAUUUAAAGAAACGCAGCCCUUCUCCAGAUGCGUUGCACGUCUUUGGAAGUUUGCUUAAGAAAAUUGAUCGACGACUAGAAAAGGUUGAGAGAAAACAAAGAAGACGCCGGCGGAAAUCACCGUCUCCGUAUCCUUCUGAUAGCGAAUGUAGCCAGUCACCUUUUUCGCCGUCAAGAGUACGUGAAGGAUUGUCACGUUUAUCUUCUCCUGGCCCUUCUGGUGUUAAUGAGGAAGUAGCAGAUACAGAAUUGUUGAACUGCUCAGCCGGGAUAGAAAAUUUUACACACAAUGGUAAUGAAACAAUUCAGGAGCUUCGUGAAGACGAGUCUGAGGACGUGCUUCCGCCAGCUAUUUUAACUUUGUUAGGUGAAGAUGACAUUAUGGAAAAAGGUUUUUCCGAUUCAAUCCAUCCGGACUUGGCUUCUCGCUGGACAAAAUUGUUAAAAUUAGGGUUGUCAGAAGACAUAAAAACAAAUUUAAUUAAAAAGUAUCUUCCACCGAAAAACUGCCCAGAUUUGUUACCUCCAAAAAUUAACCCGGAGGUAAAAGUUGCGGUGCAAGACGGUACAUUUCGGAGAGACAUACGAUUGAGUCAACUUCAAUCGCAGUUAAGUGCUGCGAUUUCUGGUGUUGGUUGUGUUGUCACAAAUUUAAUUAAGGAAGGAAGCGGAGAACACAUAUCGUACAUCGAAGUUUUGAACGAUGUAGGACGUUUGCUGAGUGACAUCUACCACACCGAGUCGAUAUCGCGUAGGGACCUGAUCGCACUCAAUUUAAAUAAGGAUUUACGGGAUACCUUAAAAAACACUUGCAUAACCGAGUGGUUAUUUGGAAGUGAAUUAGACAGUAGCAUAAAAGCCGCAAAAGAUUUGGAAAAAUCUGCAAAUCAAUUAAAGGUACCUAAGAAGCGUACAUUUUCUGGACCGUCUUUACCUUCGAAACAGGGAAACGCAAAACGUCCGUUGUUGCAGAAGAAGGGAGUGCAACAAUUGAGACAAAGUUACCGAACUCCCUACACCCAAACCAGAGCACCAGCGUACACUCCCCUGAAGAGGCAGGAACGUUACAAACAUUUCCAAUCCAAACAAGGACAGAGGGAUCGUUAGAGCGGGAUACCACAUCCGAUGGCAAAACACCUUUCCCUGGUGGUAGGGAAGUUAUCCGGAAAGCUCUUCAACUAAAAACAUACCGGAAAACACAAUAGAAAUCUGCUUGGCUUCCAUUACAGCUUCGACGCUUAAGCAAUAUAACAGUGGAUUAAGACUGUGGUGGACAUUUUGUAAUACACGGUUAGUUAAUCCGUUUUGUGUCACUAUUCCAGCCUUGCUAGAUUUUUUGACUUGUCAAUUUAAUAUAGGUGUUUCGUUUGGUUCCUUGAAUUCGUAUAGAAGUGCAAUUGCACAAAUAGCAGGACCAGAAAUUGCGUCUGAUUUUCGUGUAAAGAGAUUUUUUAAAGGUGUUUUUAGUCUGAGACCACCGAGGCCUAGAUAUGAAAAUGUAUGGGACCCGGACAUAGCCUUGGGUUAUGCAAGGGCUCUCAAUAAUAAAACUCUUUCUCUGCCAUGUUUAACGAAAAAACUGGUACUGUUAUUAGCUCUUGCUACAGGUCAAAGGAUUCAAACUCUGUCCUUAAUUAAUAUUGAUAACAUUGUUGUUCUUAAUGACAAGGUUGAGAUUAGAAUCCCUAAUAGGAUAAAGACUUCAGGUGUAAAUAAAUUGCAACCAUUAUUAGUUUUGCCCUUUUAUAAAACGGAUCCAAACCUAUGUGUGGCAGGGGUAUUGUUAGAGUAUCUGAAAAGGACCAAGGAAGAUAGAGGUCAAUGCAUGUCUCUCUUUAUCACCAAUAAGAAGCCUCAUCGUCGGGCUUCAACUCAGACUAUAGGUAGAUGGAUAGGUCAAGCCUUAAAAGAUUGUGGUUUAGAUACAUCCCAAUUUAAACCGCAAAGCACGAGGCAUGCAUCGACUUCGAAAGCAGCCAGGUCCGGAGUAAGCUAUGAUACCAUCAGACUUGCUGCUGGAUGGUCAUCAAAAUCUAAUACCUUUGCACGAUUUUAUAACAGGCCUGUGCAGGACAAUACUGUUUUUGCUAGAGCGGUAUUAAAUAUAGCUUAAAAUUGUGUUACUGGAAUUGUUCUAUAAAUGUUUUCUGUAUUUUAGAGAUAAAAUCAGAUAUUGUUUUUCUUCGAAAACAUCGUGUAUUAUAAUAAAGUUGUUGCAAAAUCUUUAAACAUCUACAAUUUUAUUUACGAAACGAGGCCGAAUAUAAUU